GCGAGCAGCGGUGCAAAAUUCAAAACAUCCACGAUCAUUCAUCUAACUCCACUGGCUACCAGCAGGUUCAAGCCGUAGCCGAUCAGUUCAAUCUCUCUGUUUGCCGUAGACGACAACAUCGCUGACCAGCCGAACAUUCUUUUCAGUUGUUCUCGUUUCGUUUAGUACGUGUUUCUUGUACCGGAUCUCGUUCAAACAUGGUAUCAAGAGCAAUUUUAGCAUCGAUGCUGCUGGGUUUAGUCGUUGCUCAGGCGCAUGCACAAAGUCCCGGGCUUAUUAGCGGUGAUCGCAAUAUAAAAGAAUUUCUAGGCCGUAGAAAUUGUUUGUGCAGCUGCAACGCAAUGAAAGACAAACAGUUCUAUAUUACGAUGAGGGAUCCCGCUGACUGGUACACCGCGGUAUCGUACUGCACCAGCAUCGGAAUGGAAAUCGCUGAAGUGUGUAGCACGUCCGAACUGCGGGCUCUGCAGCAGACGAUGCAGGAAGAAGAGAAUUCCGGUGAGGGCCUAUACUAUUGGAUCGGUGCGAACGAUCUCGGCAAGAAUGGAACGUACCGGUGGGCACUGACUGGUCGCCCCGUUGAAGAGGAAGUCCAACAAUGGGCUGAAGGGGAGCCCAACAAUGCCCAGCCGAACUCGGAUCGGGAAGAGACCGAACAUUGUGUUGGCGUGGAGGUAUCAUCGCAGAAAUGGAAUGACUUCCUGUGUUCGGAGGAAAAAAAAUUCGUCUGCCAGCGCUAUCCGGAUAACUAAACAGCGAGCGGCUGUGCGUGUGCGGCAUGCUUUAUUUUGCGAAAUAUUCACAAAUAAAUUUACGCUCCGUAAGGCAAUCAUCGGA